AUGGCGGACUACGGAGGUGGUGGGUAUGGCUUCAUGCCUCCCAUCACCCACGGUCUGCCCUCGGAAUCCCUCGGCAGGAUGCCACCACCGCCACCUCCACAACCCAUCCAUCAGUCCCCCGCGACUCACACACAGCUCCCCAUGCUCAUGAUGCCGCACGCGCAUGCUCCGUGGCCGAGUAUGUUGACGAACCCGAACAGCUUUGGGCCGCCGCAUUCUGCUCCGCCUGUUCCCAUUCCCUCCAUCACAGCGCCUCUUAAGACAUCCAAGUUACCUGCGAUUCAGACUACAUCACAGCCAAGGAAGACUCUCACGGACGAAAACCGCCGGGAGAUGUGCCAGUAUGCCGAGGACCACCCGACCGCAAAGCAAACCGAUAUCGGCGCCCGGUUUGGCGUUGAGAGGAGUACCGUAUCCAAGGUCUUGCGGAACAAGGACAAGUACUUGAACUCGGAGGAGCGGAGUAGUUCUCCGGUGAAGCGCACCGGCAAGGGGAAAGGGGCCAACGUCGAGAAAGCGCUAGCGAACUAUCUCCAGAAAGCGAAAAAGAAUGGCAUUGUGGUCACGAGAGAGGCGCUCAAGGAGAGGGCGCUCGCAUUCACGUCUCUGGCCUCGGGUGACUCUCUUCUCGAGUUCACUAGCACGUCUUGGCUGGACAAGUUCAUGUCAAAACAUGGCAUCGGCUCCAGCAGAUUGAUACGUCGCGCGUCCGAAACCAACAUCCCGGACAGUAUGCGCACCUCCGGUUCACCGUCGCUAGCACCGUCCCAGCCACAUAGCGCCAUUUCGCCCGCUUCCCCUUCAGGCCACCUCUCCCCAUCCCCGCUGUCGGCGAACAAGAGCGACGAGGAGAAAGAGAACCUCAACAGCUUCAUGGGCUUUGCGGCAGACGGCGCUUACAGGAAUACAACCUCGCAGAGCACGGCGUCUCUGUCUAGUGCUUUUACCGACGCGGCAACACCAUCCUUCUCCGGCAGCGCGAUAAGCCCUACAGCCUCGUUCAACUUUUCUCCAGAUGCUAACGUGGGGGCUUUCCUCACCGGAGACCGUGGCGGACAUCUGCCGCCCCAUGGAGCCGGCUUUCAGCGACCGCGGAGCCAAACCUUCCCCACUCUGGACCUCGAAUACAUGAACCAACCACAACCAACGGAACCCGCGACUCCAAAAUACCACGUCCCGUCCACCGCGCCGUCUUCGGCCCUCGAGAGUAACGGGCCCAACUUCAGCUUCGACCAGGCAGUUUCCCCGCCCCAGCUUCGCCACAGCAGCAGCAACAGCAGCAUCACACGAUCAGCGACAACGCCGGUCACCUGCAGUGCCGUCGGUUCGUCUCCUGGCUCUCCAACGCAGGAGGACGCACGGAGAGCUGCAGACACCUUGCUGUCAUUCAUCACGAGUGCCAGCGGAUUCGUGGACCAAAACGAGUACAUGGCUGUGGUGAGGUUGACGGAGAAGCUCCGCCUCCACCAAACCCAACUCGCCAAGGCUGCGGCACACGGGAUGGGAGGACUGUCACGAAUCCCCGAAGGUGAUAGCGAGAUGCCAAACGCGCCGCCUAGCAUGAUGAAGGUGGAGGCAUCCAUGAGCGGGUAG